AAACAAGUGUUUAUUUCAGAAAAUCACCACCGAUUCACACUUUCUCUAUCAAAAUCCCUAAUCUGCGAUUGUUGAAUUCAACCCUUUUCGAUUGAUCUGAAGCAAACUUCCAAUUGCUACUGACAUGGCGAGCGUAAUGGUGGAAGACGCAAACUUCGAAGACGACCAGUUGGCGAAUAUGACCACCGACGACAUCGUCAGAGCUUCCCGUCUUCUCGACAACGAGAUUCGCAUCCUCAAGGAAGAGUUGCAGAGAACGAAUCUGGAAUUGGAAUCUUACAAAGAGAAGAUUAAAGAGAAUCAGGAGAAAAUUAAGCUCAACAAACAAUUACCCUACCUUGUUGGUAAUAUUGUUGAGAUUUUGGAAAUGAAUCCUGAAGAUGAGGCUGAAGAAGAUGGUGCUAAUAUUGAUCUUGAUUCACAAAGGAAAGGAAAAUGUGUUGUGCUAAAAACAUCUACCCGACAGACAAUCUUUCUUCCAGUUGUUGGACUUGUCGACCCUGACAAGCUAAAACCUGGGGAUCUUGUUGGUGUAAACAAAGAUAGUUAUUUAAUCCUGGAUACUCUGCCUUCCGAGUAUGAUUCUAGAGUUAAGGCCAUGGAAGUUGAUGAAAAGCCAACUGAAGACUACAACGACAUUGGUGGAUUAGAGAAGCAGAUCCAAGAAUUAGUUGAAGCCAUUGUUUUGCCAAUGACCCACAAGGAGCGCUUCCAGAAGUUAGGAAUUCGUCCUCCCAAGGGAGUGCUCUUAUAUGGCCCACCUGGGACUGGGAAAACUUUAAUGGCCCGUGCCUGUGCAGCACAGACAAACGCCACUUUUCUGAAGUUAGCAGGUCCUCAGCUGGUCCAGAUGUUCAUUGGAGAUGGAGCAAAACUUGUUCGUGAUGCGUUUCAACUUGCAAAAGAGAAGUCACCAUGCAUUAUAUUUAUAGAUGAAAUUGAUGCAAUUGGUACAAAGCGAUUUGAUAGCGAAGUGAGUGGAGACAGGGAGGUACAAAGAACUAUGUUGGAGUUGCUAAAUCAGCUUGAUGGUUUUAGUAGUGAUGACCGAAUUAAGGUGAUAGCAGCAACCAAUCGUGCAGAUAUUCUUGAUCCUGCCCUCAUGCGUUCUGGUCGAUUGGACCGUAAAAUUGAGUUUCCUCAUCCAACGGAAGAAGCAAGAGCUCGAAUUCUACAGAUCCAUUCAAGGAAGAUGAACGUUCACCCCGAUGUAAACUUUGAAGAGCUAGCUCGGUCCACAGAUGAUUUCAAUGGAGCACAACUGAAGGCUGUCUGUGUUGAGGCUGGCAUGUUGGCUCUACGCCGUGAUGCAACAGAGGUGAACCACGAGGACUUCAAUGAAGGUAUAAUUCAAGUCCAAGCAAAGAAGAAAGCAAGCCUGAACUAUUAUGCUUAAGCUAGAUUCUAGAACGAGCUAUUUUUCAGUUAAAAUGUUCAAGACAUCUCAUCUCAGGCUAAUAGAAAGCCAAAUUUGAUGUUUGACAUUGAUUUUUAUCUUGUGCUAAUUUACUUAUCACGUGAUUUAUUACUUAUAUUGUCAGCCAAGACCAUUAUCAUUUAAGAAAUAUGUGAUGCAAUCAAAUUUGAAGUAAUAGAAACUGUAUCUGCUUGCUAUUUUUAA